AUGUUGAUGGGAAAGUAUUUUUAUAUUGCACACCUAGGUGGAGAUUCUGUAAAUACAGAACCUUUCUUAUAUAUUCUCCAGUUUUCAGAACAAGGUGGAAAUUUGUCUAUUACAAUACCUCGGAGAACUGGAAGUGGAGUACUCAUCAGGAUCUUUGCGCGCGGGAAUGAUGAAUAUGUCAGAUUCGUCAGAGCAGUCCAGGUUAAGUGGGCAGACCUUCGGAGAAUGCCUCCAGGGAGAUGGCGCUCCAAUUGCCUCGGCUUCGAUGCUCAGCGGAGAAUACAGAAUGUCUUGAAGAGUGUCUUGUCUUUCUUCUGCUCUGCCCCUGGUUGCAUUGGUCUCACAGCGUUUCUGGUUCCCUUCAAGGCAUCCGGGCUUCAUUCUGCUCAGAAUUGCUUUGACAUGGCCGCAGGCCGCAGCACAGCUCCCUUCUCUCCAUGCCCACCACACCGCCAGCAGACGCGAAUCAGCAGCGGGCGACGGGUGGAUGCGCAUGCAGAGGGCGACGGAAGGAUGCGGCCGAGAAGAUGAACGUAAACUUCGAUGGGGCAGGGAGCGACGGCAGGCGGCGCCGGCGCCGCCAGCUAGUCGCCGUUAUCGUCGUCCGUCGAUGGUGAGUGAGAUCAUGGAUUGUGAAAGAAAAGACGUGCGCGCAGCAGCGAGAAAAUAGCGCUUUGUUGCACAUCGCGAUCAUAAACUGUGAGAACGCCCUCUGUUAAAACCCAUGGAUAGUCGAUUUUCACAAAACAGACCUUUUCUGGUUGUACGGAGAACUCAGUUUUAGAUAUACAGUUUUAGAUCUUGGACUA